UCUGGAGUUUCACUCCAGCGCGCGAGAGCUGCAGUCAUGGCCCGGCGGAGGGAACGGGUGUGCGCGUGCAUGAGCCUCCUCAUCCUCAUCAUCAUCUUCAUCAUCAUCAUCAUCGCGUGCUCGGCGCGGCUCGUGGGCCAGGACUGCGAGGGCAACACGUUUAAGAAAGCUGCGGUGGCCGCGGACUCCGAGACCUGUUCGGAGAUCGGACGAAACAUCCUGCAGGAAGGCGGCACGGCGGUAGAUGGCGCAAUUGCGGCACUCUUAUGCACAUCAGUAAUAAACCCACAGAGCAUGGGCAUUGGUGGAGGAGUUAUAUUCACCGUAAUGGAGACGAACGGUAAAGUGAAGAUCAUCAACGCCAGAGAGACGGCUCCAAAGCUCGUCAAAGCUAACCUGCUCUCUGAGUGCUCCAGUAACUUCCAGCAGGUCGCAGGUAGUCAGUGGAUCGGUGUUCCCGGUGAGAUCCGUGGUUAUGAGCGUGUUCACAGGCUGUAUGGUCGUCUGCCCUGGUCCCGUCUGUUCCAGCCCACCAUCCGUCUGGCCAGAGAGGGGGUCAAAAUGCCAAACAUGCUCUCGCGCAUCCUCUCGUACUUCGGCCAGACCCCUCUACUGAAGCAGCUGUUCGUGGAUGCAGAGGGGAACAUGCUGAAGGAAGGAGACAUUGUGAAGUUUGAGAAAUUAGCAGACACCCUGGAGAAGAUAGCAGAGCGUGGAGCAAAUGAGUUCUACACAGGAGAAACAGCCACAGACCUGAUCAGUGACAUACAGGAAGCAGGUGGAACUGUCACCAUGGAGGACUUGAGAUCAUUUGAAGUGUUUGAGUCUGAAGCCUGGAAGGUGCCUCUGGGCAAUUACAUCAUGUACUUCCCCCCUCCACCUGCAGGAGGCGCAGCGCUCAGCUUCAUACUCAAUGUCAUGCAAGGCUACAACCUAAAGCCAGCAUCUCUACAGAAGAAAGAAGAACGUGAGCUGACCUACCAGCGCUACGUGGAGGCCUGUAAGUUCGGUAAUGGACUGAAGAGGUUCAUGAGAGACCCCAGGUUCGGCUCUGACACGGAGGCGUUCAAUAUGACUCAAAAAGAGUUUGCUGACCACAUUAGAAAGAUGAUCACAGAUGACCAAACCCACGAUGCUCAGUACUACAACGUCACCCCAGGAGUGGACACUCCGGGCACCACACAUGUGUCCGUGCUGGACGAGCACGGCAUGGCUGUGUCCGUCACCAGCACCAUCAACCACAUAUUCGGGUCCAAAGUUUACUCCCCCAAAACCGGCAUCAUCCUCAACAACGAGCUCUCAGACUUCUGUGGGAAAACCAACCACAUUCACCCAGGUGAGCAGCCUCCUUCCUCCAUGGCUCCGGUCAUUCUUGACUCCAAAACUGAGGAAAAUACUGUUAUUAUCGGAGGUUCGGGGGGCAGCAUGAUCACCACCGCGAUGGCCAUGACGCUCAUGAACUACCUGUGGUUUGGAAAGAGUCUGGAAGAUUCCAUCUCUGCACCUGUCGUUUAUGUGGAUGGCAAAAACGCACUGAAGUUUGAGCCCAACUUUGACAAGGAUGUCAUCGAGGCUCUAAGAGGACUCGGGCACACAGUUCAAGACACAAAGCUUUUCUUUAACGUGGUCAACGGAAUAUCAAAGCAAGAAGGAGAGUGUAUCGACGCUGUUUCAGACGCUCGGAAGAUGGGCAAACCUGCAGGAUACUGACCUCUUCUUAAGAUCUGACUCGUUUAGACCACAACACUCUCACUCCUCUCACUCCACACAGAACACAAGAACAAAUGUUAGACUGAUGUUACAGAUUACAGCAGCAAUCGAAGAAGAAACUGUAAGACCUUCAGCGUUCUUAUAGAACAGGGCUCUCUUUCAAGAACCCGUUUCGGUAUCUCACUACAGGGACAUGCCCCUCUGAAGUCAUAUUUCACUACACCAACUGUGAGGUGUGCACCGUGGAGGCGGGGUCCCCUCCUGCCUUAUAAUUGAUGGCACGGCAUCAUAAAAUCAGUCUAAAACCUCUUCUCGAUCUCAGAAGCAAGGUACCCUCUCCGACAUGGUAAACGUGGCUAACAGGCGAGCCGGACUGUUCCCAGAGUGAGCUAACCACUCGGUCACCGAAUGCCACCUGUUUGGUCCUCAUCUCAUCCACUUUGAGAAAUAUCGGCUAGCCUGUCUCCAAACAGUAGCCUCUGCCAGCUAGUCACCUCACUUUGCUGUGCUUCGAUGGAAACAUGUCAGCAGUGGACCCUUCCCUCACCAUGGAGCAGAGCGAUGCCCCAGCCAAGACGUGUCUGUGGGAAUAAGAUCUCGAGUGUGGACACCCACACAGCUUGCGCCUCGUGCCUAGGGCCACGUUAGCAUCCCCGGGUUCGUGUGAACACUGCUCGCUUUUCUCUUAGGAGCCUGAGGCGCAGGUUAGCACACCAAGCUAGCCUGACGGGAAAAGAUCCCACGAUGGGGGAAACCAUUCUCCCAUCACUAGACUCAGCAGCAGACUCUCAAGAGCCCGACAUUCCUGAAGGAGCUACCUGUGGCGACCAGUUUGACGCAAUUUCUCUGAUAGCUGACUAGGCGGACACCAGCGUGGCCACAGAUGGCUCUGACUCUGGGGAAGAGUUUGUCGCUCUCAUUUCCGAAGAGGAGGACAACGACGAGUCCUUCAUUCCCUCUGCACAGGCUGCUAAACCCGUAGCAUCAGGGAGCGAGUGCAGCGUGGCUGAUGGGUCGCCACACCACACCGCCAGCAUGGACCUGUACGACGUCUGCAAGAGGGUGGCUGAAAAGCUCGGCAUCCCUGGGCCGGGCAUCCUCAGAGAGACCACCACGUCUCGAUAUGAGGGGACGUGUCUUCUAAAGGCGAAGUGCUCCACAAGACAACUGCUGCCAGUUUGAGUGGCCAACUUCAGCAGUCAGUCUUCAAGAUGAGCUUGUCUGGCAAUACGGGAGUCACAAUAUCCCAUAGUGAGAUACCGAAACGAGUGCUUGAAAGAGAACUUUAUGUUACAAACGUAGCCCCGGUUCUCUGAUAGCAUGAGUGAGGUAUCUCACCAGACCACCCUCCUUGCCUAGAGCGAGGAAGAGGUGUGCUUAUGUAAGGCAGGAGGGGACCCCUCCUCCACGGUGCACACGUCACGGUUGCCAGCCAGUCACGACUGGCAUAAUGAAAUAUGGCUUCUGAGGACAACGUGGAGGGCGAUGUCCCCGUAGUGAGAUACCUCACUCAUGCUAUCAGAGAACUGGGGUUAUGUUUGUUACCUAAAGGUUCCUUCACAUUGCAACCCUUUUUUUGGGGUUACAACUAUCAGGCGACCCUCUCUUUGCCAACACACACACACACACCACUAUACACAUUCAGAAGAUUACAGAAGGAUAAUCGAAUAGUAUGUCUACUCCCUUACUGGGCCUGCUGAGCAAGCAAUUCAACACAAAACCACAAAUCUUUAGCCGCCUUCAUCUGCAGUCAGUUAAGACCCUCCCUCAGUAACAAGCUCACUCAGUAGAAAUUCUGCACACUUAAAUGUUGAACUUAGAUGGUUCUUCAAGGGUGCUUUAGUAAAGAAAAUGGUUCUAUAUAGAAACAUGAAC